AUGUUCAAAGGUCCUGACCGGGUUAUCCACGCCAUCUUCACUUCAUCCUCUUCAGAAUCGUUCGGCGUGACUCUGGACACCAACAACGAGUAUCUCAUCACAGGUGCGUUUCUCACUACGUUACCCAAGUUCCAUUGCCCGCACUGGUUAAACUGCUCAACCUAUGCUUCCAGCAUCAUGGCCUGCUCUAAACUAUUGACUUCAUCUUGAACAAGAAAACCAGUGCUUUAGAAACAAUUUAUCUGUACAUCUUCAAGUUACACUUUAUAAUACCUAAUAUGUUAUGAAUUUCAAUGUUUAUAAUGCUUAUAAAUGUUUACAACUAAUGCAUCACUUAUUUAUUAUGAUAAAUUCCAGUGUUCCGGGCUGCAUCUGUAUGUCUACCUGCUCCAGGGUAGUUUCCUGGAUCUAGGAUCAGUUUCCCCUCCCCUAAUCUUAACCGUUUCUGGGGGAACAAAGGUGAAACUGAUCCAAGAUCAGUGUCUAGGGAACACUUUUACCCUACACCAAGUUUUCCCCACAGCACAGUGAUUGCUCACUGUCUCCUCUCUGUCUGCAGGCCAGCUGAAUCCUAAUGGGAGGAUGCACAUAAUCAUGUGUGACUUUAUUCAGUACUGGGAGGACCUGGGUGGCACACAAAAGAAGAGCUUGACUCGACGCUACCAAAGCGGCUGCGAUUGCACGGUGUGUGACAGGAAUUAUAGUAAUAUUACUUUACACCAGUUCUGUUCAAUAUUUACUCUGGUCACAUUGGUAAAACACAUGAGCUAGAAUAUUGGGGUAAUGAUCAGUCCGUCAUCUUGGUCUUUCUCUCUCCCUACUCCGAUACACAGAUCAUCCCCUGCUCUUCCCUCCCCUGUCCGGUCAGCACCCCAGAUGAGUGCCUUUGGACGGACUUGUUGUUGGCAGAUGGCCAAAGCGGACCCCAAGCCAAGAACUUUGCCUGUCUCAAGAGGAGUGAUGGGUCCUGUACCUGGUACAGGGGGAUGGCUCCACCCAAUAAGUAUUUCCUGGAGGACUCCUAA